AAAUAAACAAAAAAUAAUUCCAUUAAAUAUAAAUUAAAAAAAAAAUAAAUUUAUAUAAACUAAAAUAAUUAACUUAAUGCAACAAGCAAAAUGGAUGCGAAUAAAUUGUCAUUUUUGUAUAUUUCCUCGUUAAUUUGUUGUUGUUGUUGUUGGAGUGUUUUUGCUGAACAGAAAUUGUAUGGAAAACACUCUAAUGAACUGAUCUCUGGAAGGUUAGUUACACCGAGAAAGGUUAAUCGAAAUGGCGAACAUGUGUCGCACAAUUUGACACAUCAUCAUGAUAGAAUGAACCCAGAAGACUUACACUUUCACAUAGAUUUAGAUAAUGAAACUCUUCACUUGGAACUUGAACCUCAUACUUAUUUUAUGGCACCAGGUUUAAUUAUAGAACGACACCGCAGAGACCUCCGAUUUCGUAAGAAACCACAUAAAAAUACAAAUUGCCAUUAUCAUGGGAAAAUUCGUGGGCAUUCCGGAUCAAAAGUGGCAUUGUCCGCAUGUGAUGGAUUGGUAGGCCACAUUAAAACAAAAAAUAGUGAAUACUUUAUUGAGCCAUCCAAGCAUCAUGAACAACAUCCCAAAAAUGGCCAUCCACACGUUGUAUUCCACCGAUCUUCCGUCAAAGAGAAGAAAAAGAAAAACCGCAACAAAGCCAACAACAAGAAAAAACAUCACAUCAGCAAUUGUGGCACCAAAGAGCCCCGCAGACGUACCGAAACCCGGAUCGAAUGGCAAUCGCAGGGCAAAGUCAUUGUUCAAGGUGGUAGAAAAGUACGACAUCGUCAGCGCCAUGCCAAAUCCCAUCAUGCCCGAGCUCAACAACAGCAUGAUCAAUACCAGCCAGCAGCGCCAACAACUACGACGGAAGAUAGUAAUCCUCCACGACUGAUGCAACGCCAUCACACGAAAGACCGUUUGCAUCGCAAGAAACGUUCAAUUAGCAGCCCACGUCAUGUGGAAACGUUGAUUGUGGCCGAUUCGACAAUGGUGGCGUUUCAUGACGACGUCGAGACCUACCUUUUGACCAUAAUGAAUAUGGUCUCAUCGCUAUAUAAAGAUCCAACCAUUGGCAAUUUCAUUGAGGUGAUUGUUGUGAAGAUCUUGCUGAUCGACGAGGAUGAGGCACAUCCGGAUUUGAAUGUAACCGAAAGUGCUCAAAAGAAUUUGAAUACAUUUUGCGCAUGGCAGCACAAAUUAAAUCUUGAAAAUGACGAGGAUGGUCCGUAUCAUCACGAUGUUGCCGUUUUAAUAACUCGAAAAAAUAUUUGCGGAAAUAAUUGCAUGACGCUGGGCGUCGCCAAUGUGGGUGGAAUGUGCAAGCCAACGCAAUCGUGUAGCGUCAACGAGGAUAAUGGGAUUGUGCUGUCGCAUACGAUUGCCCAUGAAUUGGGCCACAAUUUUGGCAUGUUUCAUGAUACAAUGAAAAUAGGCUGUCAUGGACGUAGUGGACCAAUUGUUCAUAUUAUGACACCAAUAUUUGACUCAGAUAGAUUACAAGUAUCCUGGUCGAAUUGCAGCCGGAAGUACAUUACACAUUUUCUUGAUCAGGGUCUUGGUGAUUGUCUGGAUAACACGCCCUCUCUGGAAGAAUACAAAUAUCCUGACUUGCCGCCUGGAGCCAUGUACAAUGCUGAGCUUCAAUGUCGCUUACAACACAACAUGACCGACGAAAACGUUGGCUCUUGUUCACCACCUCAUGAAAUUUGUUCUCAACUUUGGUGUCUUGUGAAUGGAGAAUGCGUUACUCAUAUGAUGCCAACUGCCCCAGGAACUAGCUGUGGCAAACACAAAUGGUGUCAAAAUGGUGAAUGUGUUCCGAUGGAAGAGAUAAGUCCUCGAGAUGGAGGUUGGGGCAAUUGGUCACAAUGGAGUGAGUGUUCGAGAUCAUGUGGAGGAGGUGUUUCGAUUCAACAAAGGGAAUGUAAUAAUCCAGUACCAGCAAAUGGUGGACUCUUUUGUAUUGGUGAAAGAAGAAGAUAUAUUAUUUGUAAUAAGGACCCAUGUCCUGAAGGAGAGCCAUCAUUUCGAGCACAACAAUGCUCAAGCUACAAUAGCGUUCCCUAUCGAGGGGAAUUCUACAAAUGGCUUCCAUAUUUCGAUAAAUAUAGUCCAUGCAAACUAUUUUGCACGGAUGCUGAAGGAACUGUUACCGAUAGUUGGGGUGACAUGGUCGCUGAUGGAACACCUUGUCAAUUGGGCACAAAAAAUAUUUGUAUCGAUGGAAUUUGCAGGAAAGUUGGCUGCGAUUGGGUUGUAGAUUCUGAUAUAGAAGAAGACCGUUGUGGAGUUUGUGCUGGAACUGGAGAAAAUUGUAAACCCGUUGAGGGAAUUUUCGCUGAUGACUUUAAUACCACCGAUGGAUAUGUGGAAAUUGUAACAAUUCCAGGCAAAGCUCGUCAAAUUGUCAUUAAAGAAAUGAGCAAUUCACAUAACUUUUUAGCUAUUGGCAAAGCAAAUAGCAGUAUAUUUUAUUUAAAUGGACAAAGACAAAUAUCUAUGCCUGGAGAUUAUACUAUCGCAAAUACAGAAAGCAUUUACGAUCGUGUCGAUCAGCAAGAGACCAUAACUAUACCUCAUUCAAUUGAGCAUUCCAUUACUUUAUAUGUGAUUAUUACAUCAGCGAAGCCAAACGAAGGCAUUUACUAUGAAUUCAUAUUGCCAGUAAUCAAUACCACCUCUGUGCAGGAUUACACGUGGAAACUGGGCGAUUGGACAGCAUGUACGGCAACAUGCGGAGGCGGAGUUCAAUAUCGUAUGCCAUUAUGUUAUGAAAAUGGAAAAUCCAUAAAUGAAGAAGAACUUUGUUGGUCAAAUGCCAACAAUUCCAUGCCGAAGAGAAUAUCUCGUCGUUGCAACGAAAUUCCAUGUCCAGCCCAUUGGUGGAUUGGUCAGUGGCAGCUAUGUCCGGUAACAUGUAAGAUACCCGGUUCACCGAGUCCAGUUAAACGACGUUCGAUUAUGUGUCUCGAUCAGAAUGAUGAAGUUUUAGCCGAGUCAAUGUGCAAUAAUGCAACGCGACCAGUUGAUGUUGAGUCAUGCGGCCAAAGGAUUCCAAAUUGUAGCAGUGACAUGAAAAAUGAUAUUAUGCUUGAUUAGAAUUUAAUUCUAAAAACAAAAACAAAAAACAUAAUUUCCUUAAGUGGCCUAUCUACUUAAUUAUUUGAUAGUAAUUAUUAUUUUUUAAUUUAAUUAAUUUUUUUAUUAUAAUGCUCGUUUUAGUAAUUGAAAAUUAUACUUUAUUGUACCUUAUUAUUAUA